AUGAAUUACAGGUCGAAAUUCGCAGUAGCUUCUAUCGUUGUUCUGGGUAUGGUUUCGAGCCUUGCCCACGGCAAAUUCCCAGACAUGACAAUCAUGAAGGGACCAGACUGCAUGGGGAAAUCCGAGAGCAAGUUCUACAACCACAACGUGGCGCGCCUCGUGGAUACGUUGGUGGAUUAG